AACAAAUUCAAAAUUCAAACUUAAAGAUACAAAAUGACGAAAAUACUCUGAUAAUCUGAUAUGUAUAAUAUAUUAUACAGUACAAGUAUGUAUUCAGAAUGACUCCGACCUUAGAAGUACAAACUAGAUUAACAAAAAAUUAAAAUAAAAUACGGCAAAAUUAAAUAAAUCGAGUGGGACCAAUGUCACAUUGUCACCCUCUACUCUCACAUAAACACAAAAACAUUACAACCCUAAUCCACAAACUAAUUAUUGAAACUCACUCUCAUCUGUGGAAGUCAGACAUGUUUGCCAUUUUUUUGAUUCCUUCUCUUGUCAUUUCUUCUUCCACUUGCACUUUUUAAAACUUUAUUCAACCACAACUCCUCUACCUUUAUCACGAGCUCUUCCUGAACUAACAACAAUGGCGGAAAAAGGAAAUCUCAUAAAUCAUAAAGCUUCUAAUUUUGUCUCUAACUCUUCCUCUUUAAGAAUCAAUUAAAGCUGUUUCCCCACCAUUUUUCUCUUUCUCUCUCCUACUGUCGGUGAUUGUUGAAACUUUCUGGAUCUCUCACAUUAUGUGUAAGAUUUCUUUAAUGGCGUCGAAUUGUUGGGAUUAUCCUCCGUUUGAUUUGUAUUCGGUUGCGGUUUUCGAAUUAAUUUCGAAUUUUUCAUGAACAAUGUUUAGCUGAAUUUUUGAUUUAGCCCAGAUUUUUGAUUUUAGGGUUAGAAAAUGGAGGAUAUUGGGUUGGUUCAGCAAGGUUGGAAAUGGGUGCAAUCUCAAAAGUAUGCAUGUUCAUUUGCUCGAACAACUGCUUGUUGUAUCAGAGAUAGGGUUUGGGUCGCUAUUGAUCGACAUUGGCCAAUGGUUUGUAAUGGUUGCAAGAAUUUCUGUAGGUUUGUGGUUUUUGUGUUGGUUUAUUGGAAGGAUAGCUUUUUAAGGGGUUUUCGAUCGUUGAUUGGGCUGCAAUCGGCGGCAUUGCUGGUUAUUAUGUGGAGUUGUUUUUUGAGCUUGACCUCCAUAUCUUGUUUGGUUUAUGUGCUGAUUAGUAUGGCAGCUGCUGGAGUUGCUGUUCAGUACCUGGGCUACACUCCUGGUCUUUUUAUUGUAGGGCUGUUUGCCAUUUUAAUUUUGUGGAUGUAUGCUAACUUCUGGAUCACGGGAAUAUUGUUCGUGGUAGGAGGUUACUUAUUUUCCCUUAAUCAUGCACGAUUGGUGGUCUUGAUGGCAAUGCUUUAUUCUGUUUACUGUGUGAAAGUACGAAUAGGAUUGGUUGGCAUUUUCCUUUCAGUUAACCUUGCAUUCCUAUCAAAUGAUGCAUUCAAUUAUUUGUUACAAUGGUGUGAUACUCUGAACGAGAAUACACGCUAUGAGGAGCAUAAAGCAUCAGAAGAAUUUACAGAGGAUAAUUUUUCUGGAGAAUGUGAAUAUUCUAUUCCCUCUGAUGAAUCUGAAGAACAGCCCUCGUCUACUUCAGCUGGCAAAACAUCCAGUAAAACUGCAAAUAGAACAACUUCUAGUACUACAACUGUCUUGAAAAAUCAGAAAGAAGCUUCUCCUAGUCAGGUGAUCAAAGAAGACAAAUGUUCAUUAACUGAAAUGAGAAGAAUUUUAAGCUGUAAUGACCAUUAUGAAGCAUUGGGAUUUCCGCGCCACAAGAAAAUUGAUGCUACUGUACUAAAAAAGGAAUAUAGGAAAAAGGCCAUGCUAGUGCAUCCUGAUAAAAAUAUGGGAAGUCCACAAGCAAGUGAGUCGUUUAAGAAGCUUCAGUGUGCUUAUGAGGUACUUUCGGAUUCUACUAAGAGAAGAGAUUAUGAUGAGCAAUUGAGGAAGGAGGAAUAUAAAAAUAUUUCCCAAAAGUCUCCUAGCACCUCAAAUCAGGAAUCACGUGAGUUUUUCACUGAGGAGUCAAGACGGAUACAAUGCACAAAAUGUGGCAAUUCACACAUAUGGGUUUGUACUAAUCGGUCUAAGGCCAAGGCACGAUGGUGUCAGGAUUGCGGUCAGUAUCAUCAAGCUAAGGAUGGAGAUGGCUGGGUUGAAUACAAAGGAUCACUUGUCUUCAAUGUACCUCAAAAGAUGGAAAUUCCACGUGCCUUUGUGUGUGCUGAAAGUAAGAUAUUCGAUGUGUCGGAAUGGGCUAUCUGUCAGUUCGUGGACCUAAUCAAUGAGAAGAAUUAUCGUAGGACUCGGCUUGUAUCAUCAUCCAUUACUAUUAACCGUAUAAGGUAAGUAGUCUAAGCUAUUGAUUUUGCAUGACUAAUAUAAGUUAAAGGAUACAAUUAUGGUUGUGCUGAAUAUUACAAACCAUAUCAAAUGUCUGAGGGUUGUAGAAUUCCAUGAUGAUUCACUAAUUUCCCACAUCUGAAGAUUAACUAAUAAUUAAGCUCUUGAGAAGCUUGCUUGAGUUCAUCCAGAUGGCAGUUGCUUUGGGUUUGCAACAUUAUUGAGGAGAUGACAUUUAGCAGACAGGACUUCAAUUUAUUUAUUCAUUAUGUUUUUUCCCCUUAAUGAGUUGCUUUAUGCAGCUUUAUGGAGGGAAUGACCUUCAUUGACACAAAUUCAGUUUCCCCCUCCAUAACGAAUUUAGUAUCUUCAUUUAAGCAAAAGCUUUACUGGAAUUUGCUUAGUGACGAGUUAAAUCCAUCAAUUGGUGUUGUGAUUCAAUGACGACAGUUCAGAUUGAGGAUUUAAGCUAGUUGGGCCAUCCAGUCUAUGUCUUUAUGAAGUGAUGCGGCUGUUGUUGUCCUUGUGGAUUUCCUUUCUCUUCACCUGUUUCAUUUUGAGUUAUUGAGAUGACCAAGGGAUAUAAAGUCUAGUUUAAAACAGUGUCUGUCAUGAAUAAGGAUGUAAAUUAACGCUAUGAGGCAGUGGUUUAUUGCUACAUAUCUUUUUACUAACUAAACAUAUCUCCCUUUUUUUAUUUUAUGUAGAAUUAUUUGAUUAGAAUCAUGAAGUUUAUACAACAUAUUUAAGUUUUAAUAUUUUAGCCUUUGAAUUUCUGAUUUCCUCCAAAAUGGUGCUUUUUUCAUUAUCAAAUUUUGCAUCAUUGUUGCAAGAGAUAAUAUAUUUAACGGAUGAAUUGAAGGACUUUUGUCAAGUAAAUAGACCCUUCAAUUCUUGAUGAUAUCAAUGCCUUUACAUUUACCAAACUGUCGGGUUAUAUGGCUGUAGCAGAAGUGAGAAACUGUGAGUGAACGCCAUUGAUAUGUGCGAUCCUUUCCUCUGAUAGUGCUGCACCUGUCCUUUGGAUCUGGUUCAAUGAAACAAAUAGAUGCUGCUAAUUUGUCCUUGCAUUGCUUGUUAUCUGUUUAAAUUCGUGAUAGGAGUAUUGCUGAUUGUAACCUCAUAACCAAGUCCGAUUAGGAUAUGGUAGUGAAGUCGAUUGAUGUGGUCAUUCUCUAACUAGAUAGAAGU